AUGCCCUGGCAUUUUGCGCGCCGCUCGGUGUCCGAUUACGUUAAGCACGAUGAUGUUGAAUGCCAUGAAACUACAGCUGGCCCGGAUGGUGCCAAAAAUAACAAUGAACCUCGUAUAGCACCUACACAUGUACCUUUACGCGACCAGGUGGAUGCAAUUGCCAAGACGCUUAUCAACUAA